AUGAGCACAGUACGUAAUUGCAAGUACUACAAGUACAUGACCGGCGCUACCAAAACUGAACCAUUAGUUUUGUCGAGUUACUGCAGUGUACCAACAGAUCUCGUCACGACCCGAACAACCACCCAAACCGAGCAUCUCGCUGGCAUCGUCACCUUUGGCAGCGAAACCCGCAGCAUCGUGUCGACAUCCUCCUUCGUCAGAGGGCCAUGCCGUCGCCGUCGACAUCCGCAUCAGCCGCGCGCCGCCUUUCGCACCACCGUUGAUCCGCCUCCGUCGGCCGUGCUGCUCGUUCGCCCGCGGCUCAUUGUCCGUCCUGCUCCGACGCCGAGCCUACAACGCGGCGACGACAUGCUCAAGAUGGAGAACCCCGUCCAGUGGCUCGUCGCCACGCGGACCCGUCGUCGAGUGCUCAUCCGCGUCGCCGCCCUCGUCGUCGUCGUGCCCCUCUUCCUGCAAUGCGUCCUCGCCUACCUCCUCGGCGGCGACGCUCGACUGCUGCCGCCGGCGCUGCAGCACGCCAAGAACGUGCUCAUCGUCACCGCCCACCCCGACGACGAGUGUCUCUUCUUCUCGCCCACCAUCCUCGGCGUCCUCGACAGGAACCACCGCAUCAGGGGCGGCUUGCUCGUCAUGUCCACCGGUGCGUCUCCCGUCCUCGCCCCGCCCCUCGCCGUCCGGCGGCGGCCCUCGCUGACGAUGGAUGCAGGGAACAACGACGGCAUCGGCGAGACACGCAAGAAGGAGCUCCUCGGUUCCUGCGCGGCCCUGGGCAUCGAUUCCUCGAGGUGCGUCGCGCUCGACCAUCCGGAGCUCCAGGACAACCCCAAGCUCUGGUGGAACACGACGUUGAUCGAGUCCAUCGUCGGAGAGCACGUCGCCAAGUGGGACAUCAACGCCAUCAUCACCUUUGACGAGGGUGGCGUCUCGGGUCACAUCAACCACCGCGCCGUGAGCGCUGCCGUGAGCGAAUACGUCGCGAAUGACGCCUCGGCCCCGCCGGCCUUCAAGCUCGUCACCACCGCCGUGCUUCGCAAGUACUCGGGCCUCCUCGAUCUACCCCUCACCGCCUUCUCCUUCACCUGGAGGCUGUUCGCCGCCGUCUUCUUUCCCUCGGAUGAGGCGGACGCUCAGUACAGCACAAAGGCGCUCAUCGCGAGCACCUGGAAUCGCUAUCUGCUGACGCGCAGAGCCUUUGCGAGCCACGACAGCCAGUACUCGUGGGACCGGCACUUGUACAUGAUCCUGAGCCGUUAUGUGUGGUUUAACGAUUUAACGAGGAUACCCGGCAAGGCGUGA